CAUUUCGUAACCCUGCCUUUUCGGUAAUUAAUAAUACUGCGUAGCUCCCAGGCGACUGACAACCGCAGCAUUUGAGCUAUUAAUUACCCAAAUUCAAAUUUGCCCACCUUACCGAUUGCAUUUGCUCCAUCAUCUGGAUAGAAUGGGACUGAAGAAGCGCAGACGUACCAGCAACGCCAAAUCCAAGUCGUUGCCAAAGGCAACAAAAGAGCCGGAGCGUAAAGGAACAAAGACGCCCUCCUCAACCCGAACGCGCGCCCGCGGGCCCACCAUCAGAGCCCCCUUCACCCCUUACCCACCGUCCAAGGUCUACCGCCUCAUCGAGCCGGGCCCCGUCCUGCUCGUCUCGACGGGCCCGGCGCCGUCCCCGGCCGGCAGCCCCAGCGGUGACGACAGCUCCACUCCCUCCUCCUCCUCCUCCUCCUCGGCGGCGGCGGUGGCGGCGGCGUACGACAUCAACCUGAUGACGAUGGGCUUCCACAUGAUGCUGCAGCACGGGUCGCCGCCCCUGGUGGCGGCGUGCAUCGGGCCCUGGGACGCGACCUACGCGCGGCUGCGGGCGACGCGGGAAUGCGUGCUGGCGGUGCCGAGCGUCGAGAUGGCGCAGACGGCGGUGGACAUUGGCAACUGCAGCGCGGCCGAAGACGGCAUGACAAACAAGUUUGAGAGGUUCGGCCUCGCCGCGCUGCCCGCGGAGAGGGUGGGCGCGCCGCUGGUGGGCGGGGAGCAUGUGAUUGCCAACGUGGAGUGCGUGGUCGAGGACGACGCGAUGGUGGACAAGUACGGCCUGUGGGUGUUGAGGGUCGUCAAGGCGUGGGCCAAUCCGGCGUUGAUGCCGGGCCAGGGCGGGAGGAUGUUCCAUCACAGGGGGGAUGGCACGUUCAGCGUGGAUGGCGAGGAGGUGUUGGACCUCAGGGAGAGGAUGGUCAAGUGGAAAAUGUUCCAGGAUUGAACGGCUCGUUGACCGCAAGUCGCGCGCUUGCCUCUUUCAUCUUGCUAAUCAUUUAAUUAAUCACCAUUCACUCUUUCCUGGCUUUUUACCCAUCAUCCUCUUCCACACCUCUUUUUCUUAGGCGGUCUGCGCAUCUUGGACUUGAUGAGAAGAGCGUUGAAGGAGCCAAUAAUUACCUGAAUAAUAGAGGAAACCUCAGGUUUUGGCAAACAUCUAGAUUAUGUAAUUAUGUCUAUGGAAUGUUGAGUACUCAAGUGAGAGAUGGAGUCAAUCCAGAACACGCAAGACAAGCAAGCCCAGACAGAAGAAGAGCAAGCAUGUAGUUUGAAUCCCCGAUUCUGAUAUCGUUGAACUGGGAGAGACGACGUCGACACCGGAAACUGAUGGGUUGGUUGAAUUGGUCGAAUAAGGCGAGUAGGGUUUAAUUAUAAGGUUUCAUCUGACGUUUUCAGAACCAGUAAUUAAGCACCUCUUUACAGAACUUUGGGUGUUUGAGAGUGCAUUGAUUCAGC